AUGCUGGAAGGACUAGUUGCUGGUCUCCUGAAUCGAUUCAUUGGACCCUAUGUGACUAAUCUCAACGUCAGUCAGCUCAACAUUGCCAUCUGGAGCGGCGAUGUCAAAUUGACAAACCUCCGCCUUAAGAAAGAUGCACUUGACAAGUUCAAUUUACCAGUCGAUGUAGUAGAAGGUUACCUCGGUGAGCUUACGUUAAGUAUCCCUUGGUCUAAUCUUAAAAAUAAGCCCGUCAAGGUUUAUAUCAACAAUGUGUAUCUUUUAUGUGUUCCCAAGGGCGAGUCAGAUUAUGACGCCGAUGAGGAGGCCGCUCGAGCCCAGGCAUUAAAAGAAGACAGACUGGCCAAUGCAGAACUACUGAGCACAAAGCCAGCUGCAGGGAUGGAUGGUAGGACUGAAAAAAAGAAUGCUACUUUCCUAAACCAACUCGUCACAAAGGUCGUUGACAACCUGCAGGUGUCAAUCAACAAUAUCCAUGUUCGAUAUGAAGACAAGAUGUCCGAUCCAAAGCACCCUUUCUCAGCUGGAUUGACUCUCUCGCAGCUAUCAGCUGUUUCGACUGAUGGUGACUGGGUUCCUACCUUUAUCCAUGAUGAAGCCAAUACUAUUCACAAGCUUGCCACAUUAGAUUCACUGGCUAUGUAUUGGAACACUGACUCUCGGUCGCUAGCUGGAAGAGACAAGGAUGACGCACUGAAAACUUUUAUGGAGCUGGUCGCAAAGGCAGAAUAUAUACCGAAGGAGCAUCAAUACAUUCUUAAGCCUGUAUCAGGGACAGGAAAGGUCAAACUUAACAAACGUUAUGGUGGAGAUGUUCCCAAGACCGGCGUUAGCCUCAAUUUUGACGAGUUAGGAUUUGUAGUCGAUGACGAGCAAUAUAACAACGUCCUUCUGAUGAUGGGGCUAUUCCAUUCGUUCAUGAGGCAACAUGAGUUCAGGAAAUUUCGACCACCAAAAUCUGUCACACCAUCGCAAAAUCCUUUGGCAUGGUUCCGCUACGCUGGAAAUGCGGUGUUAUCGCAGAUUCAUGAAAGGAACCGCAAAUGGACGUGGGCAUACUUCGAGGAACGUCGUGAUGACCGCAAAGCCUAUGUGGAACUGUACAAGAACCACAAGCUCGGCCGAAAUGAUGUCGAGGAUGAAGAAAGGCUCAAAGCGCUGGAAUGGAAGUUGUCGUAUGAUGACAUUCGCCUUUAUAGAAGUAUCGCCAAGGGUGUAUUACGCCGCGAAAAAAUCUUGAUCGAGAAAAAACAGGUGGCAGAGCAACCUAAGGGCUGGCUCAGUUCUUGGUGGUAUGGCUCUAACUCUAAAAAGACUCAAAAGUCUGAGGAAGAGGAAGAUGCAACUACGCUUACGGAUGAGCAGAAGCAGCAGUUGUACGAUGUUAUCGAUUAUGACGAAAAAGCGGCUUUGCAAGCGAACCUCGAAGAGGCUAAAGAUACGAUACUGUAUUCUAUCGACGCAAGACUGCGAACAGGGUCUUUUGCGCUUAAAAACGAUCCUCAUGGCGCAAACAAGAUUAUAUUCAAUGUUGUAUUUGACACUUUCCUUGCUAACUUUCUGACGCGAACUGACAACUUCGUUGCAGGUAUCGCCCUUGGAGGAUUGACAUGCAUUGAUGGUACAACUCAAAACACACUGUACCCGAAGAUUGUGCGAGUCAAGGAGGCUGAAAGCAAGAAGAAUGUUCUUUCCAAGGUCUCUGACGGUGAUACCAUCUUUGGUGGAGAAAGCAGUCAGAGUGGUCAGGCCCAGGCGGAGGUUGAAUUCAACCCUUUCUUCUCUGUAAAUUUUGAGCAGAAUCCUCUGGAUAACCACGCUGAUAGCGUUCUGGAGGUUAAAAUGAGACAUCUUGAGAUCCUUUACAACCCAAAGACGGUCGACACCGUGAUGGAGUUUUUGAAGCCACCACCAAGUGAGGCAGACAGUAUCAACGCUCUCUUGGAGGCUGCAGGAGACACUCUCGAAGGUUUGGCUGCUCAAACUAGAGCAGGAUUGGAGUAUGCGUUGGAGGAGCACAAGCGCCUUGAUCUACGCGUGGAUAUGGAUGCACCUGUCAUGAUCUUCCCAGAAAGCUGUACGGACAUCAAUGCACUUGUUGCAGUUCUCGACGUUGGUCAUAUCUUUGUCGAGAGUAACUUAGUCUCAAAGGAAGAUAUGGCGGUUGUAGAGAACAAUCACAAGCGCACCAUGACAGGAGCUGACAUGGAGAAGCUUGAAGAGCUUAUGUAUGACCGAUUUGUGGUACAACUUUCUAGCACACAGCUUCUUGUUGGUCAAUCAGUUGAGCGGUGCUUGCAGCAGAUUAGGAAACCGGACAAGGGAAAUGAUCUCCAUGUCAUCGAUAAGAUCAAUAUGACAUUCCAUGUUCAUCUCUCGAUAUUGCCUCAAGCACCUAAUCUUACCAAGAUCAAGGUCUUUGGUGAUCUACCCUUGCUUCAAAUCAACUUCUCGGACCGCAAAUAUAAGACACUUAUGCGUAUUGUCGACUUGGUUGUGCCAAAAGAUGAUGAGAAUCCUGCGCCUCCACCGCCACCAAAGCGAAAAAGCUCUAUGAACAUUCCUUUGCUUGGGAAGAGCGCGUACAGGGACGAUCUUGUGCUGGGAGAUACUACUGAAGGAGAGACCGAUGAUGAAAGAGUGGUAACUCGCCGCGGAAAGACGUCUGAAGACAAAGAGCAAAGCCAGGCUAUGCUAUUACAAAAGACUUUCCAAUUCAGUUUCAAGGUUACCAAAUUUGCAGUAACGCUCAAAAAGGCUCCUCAGGAUGUCAAUGCCCCAGAGCGAGUGUUGGCAGAUUUGAUUAUUGAGAGAUUCAAACUUGAAUUUGCCCUUAGACCUGUGGAUAUGGCAGUUGAUAUUGUUCUCGGAUCUCUGUAUGUUGAAGACAAGGUGGACACAAAUCCACUUUACCCGUAUCUGAUUUCAUCCGAUGAUGCUGGAAAAUCGCCAGCGACAGAGGGAUCGGAUCUUGUUCAUGUCUCUUACAUCAAAGUGAACCCAAUAUCACCCGAUUACUUGACCAAAUACAAAGGAAUCGAUGCUACAGUCGACAUCUCCUUCUCGACGGUCACUAUGAUUCUUACUCGCAAGAGUGUCCUUACUCUAUUUGAUUAUGUCUUAACAACCUUUACCGGGCCUGCACAAAACCAAGCUCCAGCAACAGCAGCCGCAGGGGACCAAAGUGCCAUUAAGGCCCCACAGUCGGAUUCCGACAAUAAAACUCAACCACAGGACACCAUGAAGGUGAAGGUUAAAAUGACAAGUAUCAAUUUCAUCUUAAAUAAUGACGGCCAGCGGCUUGCUACCAUGGCACUUUCACAGUGCGACGUUGCCGUAAUGAUGAAGUCACCAACAAUGCGCGUCAAUGUCAAGCUAGGCAACUUUACAUUGGUAGACGAUAUUAACCCUGGAAAACAGCAGAUCCUGGCGAUUCAAGGAGAAGAGCUUGCUGAUUUUGCUUAUGAGACAUUCAAUCCUGAAUCAUCCUCCUAUCCAGGAUACGACGCUUCCGUGUUCCUGCGUGCAGGUUCUUUGCAAUUGACAUUCCUUGAAGAGCCUAUCAGGGAACUACUCGAUUUCUCAACGAAAUUUGCGCGCAUGCAUGUCUUGUAUGACUCUGCUCGAAAUGCUGCUGUAAAUCAGGCUCAAGCUUUGCAAACUACAGCGAGCAAAUUCCACUUUGACGUGCAGAUUUGUACCCCAAUCGUUAUUUUACCUAAGGAUGCAAAGUCACGGAACACCAUUGUGGCCAAUCUUGGAGAGAUUUCCAUCAGAAAUGAGUUUGCUGAUGAUGCUCAUAUUGAAGGAGGCUUCCUGGAUCAAAUGAAGCUUGAAAUUCAUUCGAUCAAUCUUAUCAGCCAGUUCUACUUUAACGAUACUGUUCAAGAAUUACAAAUUAUUGAGGACGUUGACAUUGACGUCGAUGUAAUCCGUGCAAACCAUAAAGAUGGUCUUUCUCGACCUGAUAUGGAGCUUAUUGGCCGAAUGUCUGAUGUCAGCAUGAACCUGACAGAGCUCCAAUACAAGACGCUCUACGGUAUCUCUAUGUCUGUUGCCCGUGCAUUUGGUGGCGGCGGCAAUGUCGAUACCGACGCCCUCGCUGCUUCUGCUGGAAUCCCUUCGGCUCCACCACCACCACCGGCUCCUAAAGCCAAAGAUGAUAAAUGGACAUCGAUCGAUCUAGUAUUCAGUAUGCCUCAGGUUGCACUCGAGAUUUAUCAAGGAGAUGCUACACAAAAGGAAUUCCGUGAAUGUAGCUUCUCAAAGUUCUCGCUAUCCAAGACUGACUUCAAGUACAAGAUGAUGACAGACUCCACCAUGAACGCGGAGCUGACCAUCCAGGACCUCAUCAUUAAUGACACUCGACGCGACGUCAAGACGAGGUUUCGCGAAGUCAUCCCUGCGAACCUGCAUGACAGUCCACAGAUUUCAAUGUCUCUCAGUACAUUCGAUGAUAAUAGCAUGCUUGUGCUGCUCAACAUUGAUAGCCCAAAGGUUAUUUUCCAUCUAGAAUAUAUCUUUGCGCUACAAAGCUACUUCAUGAGUGCUUUGAAUGCAACUACAGAGGCAGAGGUGUCUUCGAAUGACAGAAAGCCUUCAUCAUCGAAUCAAGUAUCCCGAAGAACCUCAAGCUCAACCAAUCCAAAAGGAAGGCGCUCAUCGAAUGCUGUUCCCAUUAAGCCUCCAGAGCCAGCUAUGCCUGGUGAACAAAGUUCUUCCCUACAUUAUCGUCUCAGCGUUGUCUCUCCCGAGAUUAUCUUGUUGGCUAACGCUGCCAGCUCGGCUACAGAUGCCAUUAUUCUUUCCGCUCAUCAAGUGGUCAUAUCACAGCAGGAGACUAUGACGCUGAUCGUCGAUCGUGUCGGAAUGUUUCUAUGCAAGAUGGACAAGAGAGACGAUACUAGUUUGCGGUUUAUUGACAAUUUUGAUAUUGCGCUUUCAAUGGGAAGUCGCUCUCCAACCCCAGGCCAUCAACUUACCAGCAUUACAUUGGAUGUCAGACCAUUAGUUCUGAGGCUCUCAUAUCGUGACGCAAUGUUGAUCAUGGACAUAGUGAAUAAAGCUACUGAGCUUCAGUCCAAGGCCCAGCCAAGUACCACAGAGCGAGCCCUCACCCCUCCUAAGCAAGAGGCCAAUGCUGGACCUGCACCAAGGGCAAUAGCGGAUGCCGAUCGACGCGCGAUUGUCACUUCUGUUGGAAUGAAUAGUCCUAAACCCAAUGCAAAGCGCCUGAUAGAAGAAGCAUCUUUUGUCUCAACUCGCGAAACACUUAAGGGAGUAAUUCAAGGGGUGCAGUUGAUUUUGAUCGAUGACAUGUACAGUUUGCCUAUUCUGGAUCUCAAAUUAGAUCGCUUCGAUGUGGAGGUUAAGGAAUGGUCAUCCGAAAUGAAGGUGGAUACAUCUCUUCGUACUAGUAUCAACUAUUUUAAUGUCAGAAACUCGCACUGGGAACCUUUGUUGGAGCCUUGGCAGUUUGUGAUCCAUGUGUCUAAGGUGGUGCAGCCUCCCAACAUGCUAAUCGACAUCUUCUCGAAGCAGGAUCUCAAUAUUAAUAUCACUCAUACAUUUAUUGAGACAGCGCUCCAGAUUAUGACUACAAUUCAAGAAGAGCCUGAGCAAAUCACGUCCAUCAACAGGGAGACAUUAGUACCAUACCUACUUAAGAAUCGGACAGGCUAUCCGUUGCAUGUCUGGGCUGAAUCCGAAAAUAAUACUGAUAUUGUAGUUCAUAAAAUCAAGGACGGCGCAAACCUACCAUGGCGCUUUGACGACUGGAGGAAGAUGCGUGAGACUGUUGCAAGCAAGAAGAAUACAUUAGGCAUUCAGUUUGACGGUGUGCCAUGGGAGAGUCUUAAAGAUGUACCUGUGGAACGCGAAGGGCGCUAUUUGUAUGUCCUCCGGCCCAAGCUCAGCAGUGUGUCUCACAGAAUCGCGAUCGAUAUCCACAUUAAGAAUAACGUCAAGGUCGUCACGUUUAGCUCGGCUCUUUUAGUCGAAAAUGCUACUUCUCUACCUAUCGAGGUUGUUAUCGUUGACGAGAAGAAGAAGCAUCUCUCCAGCGCAAAGAAAAUUGCCCCUGGUGAGGACUUUUCUGUUCCUAUCGAGGCCGCCUAUAAAAAUCGAUUACUCGUUCGCCCUGACCCUGGAUUCAAUUAUAAUUGGAGUUCAGAGCCCAUCUUCUGGCGUGAGCUUGUAGCACAACAGCACAAGCAAGAGAAAUAUAAAGUUGAUGGUGAAGCUGUCGGUUCAGUCAGCUGCCGACCUCUAGAUGAUCCUAACCAACAAUCCUUCCGAUUUCAAGUGCGCGGUGUCACUGAUAAUUUUGAUCCGCUUAAUAAGGAUUAUCCAUACAUGACAAUCCGAUUAAGCGCUCCAGUCGAAAUUGAGAAUUUAUUGCCAUACAAUUUGCGGUAUACAGUCAUGGAGAAGACAUCACCCAAGCACAGCGGCACAGUACUGUCAUCCUAUCUUAGGAAGGGAGGUAUCUCUCCCUUGCACACCGUCGACGUGCGCAAUUUAAUGUUGUUAAGUAUCGCGAUUGAGAAUACGACCUUUGGGGCAAGCGAGUAUGCAAUCGUAAGCUCGCAUGACCCGAGUGAGCUACCUGUUGAGAAUACCUUGACUCUAACUGAUCCUGAUGGCUUGAAACUCAUGUUGGGCAUUCAUCGACAUGUUAUCCCUGGCUCCGGAGGCGCUGUGAAGUUCAGUAUUUACUGCCCAUAUGUUAUUUUAAACAAAACCGGACUGGAUCUAGUCUUUAAAGCCAAAUCCUUUAUGCAAAAUGCCAAGAUUGCUGCUGGUCAAGGAGGAAGCCGCAUAGUUCAAAACAAGGCCCUGCCACUUAUGUUUUCAUAUGGCAAAGCUGAGAAUGGCAACCGUGUUCUGCUCCAAGUUGAAGGCAACACUCAAUGGAGUCGUCCAGUGAGCUUUGAAGCCGUUGGUAGCAUCAUGGAGAUUGCUGUACAGGCCAUGGAUAGAAAAGAGGAGAUCCAUUUGGGAAUGAAUGUGGAGCUUGGCAAAGGCAAAUAUGCGUUGACUAAAGUCGUUACAAUCACUCCUAGAUUCAUCCUCAAGAACAACUUGAACGAGGAUUUGAACUUCAGAGAGUAUGGCUCCAACAAUGUAACUUUAUUACCUGCUCAACAGCGUGUGCCAUUGAGGUAUUUACGCUUAGGACAGGAGAAGUUGCUCUCUCUUCGCCUUCCUGGAGUCACUUCGCGGUGGACUGCUCCUUUCAAUAUUGAUGAAAUGGGUAAGAUGCAUGUUACGAUCCUUCGUAGUGACGGUGAAAUCGAACUGAUCCGCGUCCACGUCAUGAUGGAGGUUGCCACAGUCUUUGUUGUCCUCAACAAGGAGGAAGGAAGAUGGCCAUAUCGUAUCGACAACAGAUCAUCGUGGGAUAUCUCUUUCCGUCAGCAUAGCCCUGUACGCAAUGAGUCCGCAUCAGCUUCGUCAGCAUCAUUUGCCAGCUCUACGGCCAAGACUUACAAGCUCAAGGCUGGCGAGACCAUGGCUUACUCCUGGGACCUGCCGUUCAUGAAAGAAAAGGCUCUUGUUUUGACCGUGAAUGGCCGAGAGCGCGAAGUCAGCCUUCAGGAAAUUGGAUCUUUAGUUCCCUUUAAGUUCCCAGCGGGUGAUGCCAACAGUAUUAUUUCAAUUGAUGUUAUUGCGGAAGGCCCUACACAGGUCUUGGUGCUUGCGGACUACGACUCAAAACAGAGUAUGUUCAAGCAACGGUCUUCCAGCCAACUGACCCUCGUAGAGCGUGAAGAUGCUGACAGAGAUUUUUCAAAUAAGGACCUGAACAAGGAGGGAUUUGAAGUCAUCGACGUUGAUGCUGUUGUGACGUUCAGUUUCCAAGUGCGUCUCGAAUGUAUUGGUAUCUCGAUCCUGAAUCAGCGGAUGCAAGAGUUAAUGUAUCUGUCGAUGACUGGAUUGGAGAUGAGGUACACGGAUUCAAAUAUGUAUCAGUCUAUAAACAUGAUGGUCAAGUGGCUUCAAAUCGACAAUCAGCUCUAUGGAGGAUCAAGCCCCAUCAUCCUAUGCCCUACACAGACGCCCAAGGAUGGCAAAGAUGCCUCAGCACAUCCAACACUUCAUAGUGCUCUUGUACGCGCCAAGGACGAAACUCACGGAGUGGUCUACUUCAAGUAUUUCUCGGCUUUAUUACAGGAGUUGACAGUAGCAAUGGAUGAGGAUUUCUUAUACACACUACUCGAGUUUUCCAAAUUCAAUGUUCCUGGAUGGACUGCAGAUCCCAAUAAGGUCCAACUAUGUGACGAGAGCUUAGAUCUGCCGGAACCAGCAGCAAACGACGAUGAGAAUCAGUUAUUCUUUGAGGUAUUACAUCUGCACCCUAUGAAGGUCAACUUGUCAUUUAUGCGUUCAGACAGAGUUAAUAUUGAGGAGGCUCAACAGAAAACUUCGAGCCACAACCCGAUCAUGUAUAUUUUUAAUGUGCUCACUAUGGCCAUUGGAAACAUUGAUGCUGCUCCUAUUACCUUGAAUGCCCUUCUUUUGGAAAAUGUACGCGCCAGCGGACCAGUGCUAGUGGAUUUGUUGCAGAGACACUAUAGUCAAGAUUUUUUCUAUCAGUUGCAUAUGAUUGUUGGGUCAAUUGAGUUUUUGGGCAAUCCCGUAGGUCUGUUCAAUAACCUCAGUUCCGGAGUGGCUGAUUUCUUCUACGAACCCUACCAAGGUUUUAUCAUGGGAGAUCGUCCACAAGACUUUGGUUUAGGGAUUGCUCGAGGAACAUCUUCGUUACUCAAGAAGACAGUUUUUGGGUUCUCAGAUAGUCUUGCAAAGAUCUCAGGAUCGGUCGGAAAGGGAUUGUCUGCAGCAACUAUGGAUAAAACCUUCCAAGAACGACGUCGGAUGGGAAAUCAAAGAAAUGCACCUAAACAUGCUCUUUCCGGAUUAUCACAGGGCGCAUCUUCACUGGCUCAGGGAUUAGUCAGCGGAGUGACAGGCAUUGUAGAACAACCUUUGACUGGAGCACAGAACGGUGGAGUAGAGGGCUUUUUCAAGGGUGUAGGUAAAGGCCUGGUGGGGGCUGUUACCAAACCAUUAGUUGGUGUAUUUGAUUUUACUACGAAUGUUACAUCUGGUAUCCGAAAUACGACGACGGUCUUUGACAAGGACCAACGCCGCAAGCGUAUCCCACGACAUGUACCUAAGAAUGGCAUCUUGACGCUGUACGACAAAUCGGAGGCGUUGGGGCAGUACUGGUUGAAACAAGUGGAUAGUGGCAGAUAUUUUUACGAUGACUAUAUUGCGCAUUUGGUGCUGAAGGGUGAUAAUAUGAUUGCCAUGUUGACAUCAAAGCGAAUCAUGGUGUUCAGAGCAGAGAGUCUGAAAGUUGAAUGGGAGCUCGAGUUCUCAGAGAUCCAGAGUAUUGCGCCAUUCCCGAGAGGAAUUGCCAUCACGAGCCGCCGAGGUGGACAGGAGAAUUUCAUUCCUAUCUUUGAACAGACAGCAUUGCAAUGGUUCAGUGGCAAAAUUGAAGAGAAGGUCAAUCAAUUCAAUGCGGACCUGAAGCCUCUAGAGUAA